UUAGUGUCUUUGGAUCUUUCUUAUUGCAAGUUUCAAGGAAUGCUUCCUACAUCCAUAGGUAAUCUUUCCGAUCAACUCUUCGAGCUAUAUUUGUAUGCAAAUCAGUUACAUGGAUAUAUCCCUAGAUCAAUCGGUAAUCUAGUUGGCUUGAAUCGUUUACAUUUAGCUCGGAACCAAUUCACAGGCUACAUCCCCUCAACCAUUGGUAACCUUUAUAGGCUGAAAGAUGUUCAUUUAGAUACAAACCAACUAUCAGGAAAAAUUCCUGAUGUCGUGGGGAACUUAUCAUCGCUACUUAGCCUUAAUUUAUCCUCGAACAAGUUGGAAGGAGUUAUUCCGUUAAGCCUAGGAAAUUGUCGAAGUCUAAUAGAGUUGUACUUAUAUGAUAAUAAACUUACCGGGAAAAUACCCACAAAACUUCUUCAAAUUCCUUCUCUAUCGAAAACUUUGGAUCUUUCUCGAAACAACUUAUUUGGUUCGAUUCCAAGUGAGGCUGGAGAUCUCAAGAUGUUAAGUGAACUAUACUUGUCUGAUAAUAACUUAUCAGGUAACAUCCCUAGUAACCUUGGUGGUUGUGUCAGCCUUUCAAUUUUGUCCAUCCAAGGUAACUUAUUUCAAGGUAUCAUACCGCCAUCACUAAGUUCUUUGAAAGCAUUGGUGGAAAUCGACAUGUCUCGUAAUAACUUAUCAGGCCAAAUUCCAAAAUUUCUUGAGCGGUUACAAUAUUUGAACCUUUCGUACAAUGACUUUGAGGGUGAAGUACCAACUUCUGGAGUGUUUGCCAAUGUAACAACAUUUUCCGUGUUGGGGAAUAGUAGGCUUUGUGGUGGCUUUGUUGGACUUAGGUUACCCAAAUGCAAGGAGACAAAGAAACAUAAAACAAAGUUUCUGAUGUUUGUAGUAGUCGGAGUAUUGAGUGCAUCCAUUCUUUUGACCAUCAUAUGUUUAUUAUAUGCUUGGCAGAAAAAGAAAAGUAACAACCAACUCUCUCAAACAUCAAUAAACACACGAUUCUUGAAAGUUUCAUACGAUCAACUUCUAAAGGGUACAGAUGGGUUCUCCAAGGACAACUUGAUUGGAAGGGGUGGGUUUGGUUCUGUUUAUAAAGGAAUCAUCGAAAAAGAUGGUGAGAGAGUUGUCAUUGCAGUCAAAGUUCUACAUCUUCAAUAUCGAGGGGCUCAAAGAAGCUUUAUGAGGGAGUGUGAAGCAUGGCAAAACAUUAGACACCGAAAUCUCUUGAAGAUAAUAACUUCAUGCUCAAGCAUUGAUUACCAGGGAAAUGAUUUUAAAGCUUUGGUGUAUGAGUUCAUGCCCAAUGGAAGUUUACAUGAUUGGUUGCAUCCAACAUUGAGACUGAACCUUCUUCAAAUAACAAAUAUUCUUAUGGAUGUAGCAUCUGCACUUGAUUAUCUUCACAAUUAUUGCAUACCAAGCAUUGUUCAUGGUGACGUGAAGCCUAACAACAUUCUACUUGCUGAUGACAUGGUGGCUCGUGUUGGAGACUUUGGCUUAGCUCGAUUUAUUGGAACUUCAUACGAAAACAGCUCAACUGAGAUUAGAGGAACAAUUGGUUACACUGCCCCAGAGUACGGUCUUGGAAAUGAGAUGACAACUAGCGGGGAUGUCUACAGUUUUGGAAUAUUAUUACUAGAGGCCAUAACCGGGAAAAUGCCGACUGACAACAUCUUCAAUGAAGGCUUUAGCCUUCAUAAAUUUGCUUCCAUGGCCUUGCUAGACCAUGUGAUUGAUGUUAACAUUCUAAAACAAUAUCAAGAUGAUGAAAGUUUUAUUCGAAAGAAGGAAAAAAAUGCACAGAAAAUAGAAGAAUGUUUAGCUUCGAUAGUGAAGAUUGGUGUGUCAUGCACCAUGGAUGAUCCACCCCAACGGAUGGAUAUCAAAACUGUCAUGCAGAAAUUGCAACAAGUACUAGAUACGCUUCAAAAUAUUUAGAGUACAUCUUAUGUCUUGCACUCUUGCACUUAUUCACUAUUAUGGUCUUGUUCAUUGAUCAUAAUUGAUCAUCUUAAUUAUAUUCCAGUAUAGACUGGAAGAUAUUCUAAUUCAUACAUUUGACACAUUUGUGUAUUAUUCCCUACAUAAAUCAUUUGAUUUGUGGUAUUAAUUAAGUAUUAUG